CCGAGUUUUGGAUCCAAGCUCUGGACCAAUGCAUAGCGAGAGCUAAUCAAGGCGCAAACCCAAAACAAACUCACUAUUGUCACAGAAAACGAAAGGCAAGAAGGACAGAAAUCAUGCGAAAGCGAGGCAAGGGACCCAAGAAGCCUAUGACGGCGUUCCUGUUAUUCAGCAACGCUAUGCGGGCAGCCGUCAAGGCGGAGAGCCCUGGCAUUGAUUUCGGCGAGGUCAGCAAGAUCCUCGGCGAGAAAUGGGCGAGAAUAUGUGCAAAGGAGAAGGCGGAGUACGAGGCAAAGGCGGCGGAGGACAAGGAUCGCUAUCUGCGGGAGAUGCAGGAAUAUGCGAGCACCAAGAGCGACAGCGAGAGUGAGGCUCGGUCGCCCUCAGGCAAGAAGCACAAGGGCGGCCAUGUGAAGGCCUCAGCGGCUCAAGCAUACGCGCAGGAGUGGCGCAAGGAGCCUGCCGUGGAGUCUGCGCGCCUGGGAGGCAACGAGCGCAAGGCCUCCGGCGCUCCCAAGAAGCCCAUGACGCCGUUCCUGCAUUUCAGCAACGCGGUGCGGGAGUCCGUCAAGGCCGAGAACCCUGGCAUCGCCUUUGGCGAGCUCGCCAAGGUCAUCGGCGAGAAAUGGGCGAAGCUGAGUGCACAGGAGAAGGCGGAGUACGUGAAGCGGUUCGAUGAGGAUAAGCAGCGCUAUGCGCGGGAGAUGCAGGACUAUGCCUUAGCCAGGGAGGGCGCCGCCGGCUCUGGGAGCGCGGCCGCUGAUGCGCCCAUACGGGUGGAGGAGGAGACGACGGAGGAGGAGGACGAGACGGAUGUGGAGGAGGAGGAGGAGGAGGAGGAGGAGAAGGUGGAGGAGGAGGAGGAGGAGGAGGAGCAGCGGGAAGAGGAGUACAGGAGCAAUGAGUGGCAGGUGUGAAGGUGGAGGUGAAGAAGGAGCCGUAGGUGGGCCCGGCAGCGGUUUCAGUGGCGUGCCCGGUGCGCGCGUGCGCAUGACACAACGGAGGGAGGGCCGCGGCACACACGAGCCGGGCUAAACAGGGAUGCUGGGGCGUGUUAGGUUGGUCACGGCACGGGGCGCCCGUCAGUAAGCAGGAGACAAGCGGAGCACCAUGAAAGCAGCCGGGAUAGAUGCGGCUGUGUGCACGGCACCUACAUGCGUGGGCAACAUGACUGCAUGUGAGAUGCUGGCGUGAUGCAGCACUGGUUGGACCGGACGCGGGGUCGUGGACGGGCCUAAGGCCCCCUCAUGCAUGCGUUAGGACCAUUCAUGGACCAUUCAUGAGCAAUUGAGUUGCGUGGUUGGUGGUGGGUUCAGGACGGCGUGUUUAAUGAACUAUUUAUGUGGCGAUAAUGAUGUUGAGGAUGGGUUGAGGAGUUGGAACAGCAGGACCGUGACCUGCCGUGACUCAGUGAGACAUGUCCACACGGUAUGCUAGAAGUUGGGUGGGUGAGGAUGGGUUGGUUGGGCACAGCGCUGCUUGCGAUACGGCGCCAAGGAAGGUGCCGAGCGGACAGGCCGGGUCAGGGCAGGGCAGCAGGGGCGCACGUGGUCAGGUGUAGCGGGUAUGUAUGAGAGCGUUGGGCACGCGUUGAAGGUACCCGAAUGCGCAUUAUGCAGGAUGGAUUGAGCUGAGCCCGACAAAGCGAUUGACAUCCGAGAGGUCGAAGCCCCUGGGCAGGCUGUCCCUGUGUGCGUGAGUGUGCGCGUGUGUGCACGAGGCGUGCAUGUCACAGCACAGGAUGUGGUUUGCGGACUGUGGCGUGGGGGCUGCAGGGUGGGGGCUUUAGGGCUGGCUUUUAAACGACUACCGCGUGACCGUUGUGCCCGGCAGACUGUGAGUGGGGCUGUAGGCCAACGCGCGAUGCGGCUUUGCUCUUAGCUUGCUUACCAUAAUAGCAUGAGACGGGCAUUAUGCGUGUGGCCGUUAUCAAGCUUGCCGUUGUCAGACGCCCCAGUCUCGACCGCACCGGUCGCGCCUAGGUCAAGUUGCACUAAGAAUACAGAUGAAUCAGUGAAGCGCUUCAUUUGCAUAUGCGGUAUAUGCGGCUGGAUAUGCGGCACCAGGACCUGGCCGCACUUGUGCAAGAAAGAGGCGACCUUGCCAGUUGACAUCUGGGGGAGGUGGGCCGCUAGGCUUGGUACGGCUUGCAUGCGGCUAGGCCCGAGCGAGAACUCUGAUGGUAAACUGGUCCAAGUCCA